AUGUCAUCUGAACAAAUUGAGAUUGCUAUAAUACAAAUAAUCGAAGAAUUACUUGUUAUUAAAAGAAAAUACGGGGCACGUGAAAAAAGGAUUUGGGUUAAAAAAUGGAUUAAACGUAGAAAUCAAUUUGGUGCAUCUAAUACACUUCUAAAAGAGUUAGCUGUAGAAGAUCCAAAAAGCUACUUCAAUUUUUUAAGAAUUAAUGAAGAAAUGUUCAACACACUACUUGAAAAGGUUAGACCCAGAAUUCAAAAACAAGAUACGAUGAUGAGGUGUGCAUUGCCUCCUAAGUUGAAGCUAGAAGUUACGUUACGUUACUUAGCAACUGGGGAUUCUUUCAAAACACUGCAGUAUAUAUAUAGAGUAGGAGAAUCUACCAUAUGUGCAUUUUUACCUGAAGUUUUACAUGCAAUAUUUGAAGAAUUGCAGGAGUAUAUUAAGGUUCCACGUGAAAAAUCACAAUGGCAAAAAAUAGUUCAUGGAUUUGAAAAUAUUUGGAAUUUUCCCUUAUGUAUUGGAGCUAUUGACGGGAAACAUAUUGUUAUUGAAAGUCCAUCAAAUACGGGGUCUGAUUACUACAACUACAAAGGUACUUUUAGUAUUGUACUAUUAGCCUUAGUUGACCAUGAAUAUAAUUUCACUUGUAUUGACAUUGGAAGCUAUGGAAGUAAUUGCGACGCAGUAAUAUUUGCAAAAUCAUCUCUUAAAAAAGCGUUAGAAGAAAAUAAAUUAGAUGUACCAAAUAAUUGUGUGAUUUUGGGUGACGAGGCUUUUCCGUUGCAAACAUACUUAAUGAAGCCAUAUGGAAGACGUAACCAUUUAAGUAUUCGUGAAAAAAUAUAUAAUUAUAGACACUGCCGUGCAAGGCGAAUAGUUGAAAAUGCAUUCGGAAUUUUGUCUAGUCGUUUUCGUGUGUUUAGACGACCCAUCUCAUUAACACCAGAAAAAACCAUAAAAUUAGUGAAAGCAGCUUGUGCAUUACAUAACUGGAUUCGUAAGAAUGGAACGUCAUCUAACUCUAUCUCAGUCGACAUUGAAGACACAGAAAUGGGACAUAUAAUACCAGGAUCAUGGCGUAAAGAUUCCGACCAUUCAGGUUUAAUACAUUUAGGAGCACCAAUGCAACGAAAUUUUACAACAGAGGCAAGACAAAAAAGAGAUUAUUUUGCUGACUAUUUUAUUGGGGAAGGUGCUGUGAAUUGGCAAAACCAAAUGAUCGACUAAAAAUAUAAUUUUGUUUCAUUAUAAUAUACUAUACUUACUAAAUUUGUUUCUGAUUCCCUAACACCAUCAAAAUUCCUUCUCAAGAAACUAUGAGCUGUGGCAAACCAAUUUAAUU